AUGGCGACUGUUCGUACUGUCAGUCGUCGAUGUAAUGGUAUGUUUCGUUGUUUACCCAAAAUUACAAAUGAAAGUAUAUCAAAUGGAUGUGCAUUUGAAAACAAAUCUUCAUUUCUACAAGAGCACCAAUUCAAACCAAUUCAACCAUCCCAUAUAACACAGAGUCACCGAUAUUUAUUUCAAAUACCAAAAAUAACAAAUCCGCUUGCAAAGGGAAAGAAACAGGAAUAUUCAGAAAGAAGACUACUAGGAUACAGUAUGGAUCAGAUGUACACAGUAGUAGCAGAUGUCCAGCAUUAUAAAGAGUUUGUGCCAUGGUGCAAGGAAUCCAUAAAAUUUGAUGAACGACCUGGAUACUGCAAAUGUAAAUUAGAGGUGGGGUUUCCCCCUCUUGUAGAACGAUACACAUCAAUUGUAACUUUAGCCAAACCAAAUUUAGUAAGGUCUGAGUGUACAGAUGGAAAGUUGUUCAAUCAUAUGUUGACAGUCUGGAGAUUUCGCCCUGGACUGCCAGAAAACCCCAACACAUGUAUUUUAGAUUUCUCUGUAGCUUUUGAAUUCCGUUAUGCCAUACACUCCCAUCUGACACAGAUGUUCUUUGAUGAAGUUACGAAAACAAUGGUGAAUGCGUUCCUAAAGAGAGCUAAAAAAAUAUAUGGACCAGAGACAAUACCCAGCAAACAACUCAAAGUGUUUGUCUCUAGUUGAUGAAGGCUUAAAAUAGGCAUCAAUUUGAUUUCAGCAGUGCUAUUUAAUGUUGUUUAAGAAUGGAACCGGUUUUGCAUGAAGGAUACAUAGCUGGCCAGAUGUUAAGUUUUUUUUAUCCAUUAUUUUUUUCAGCUAUUUAUUAUUUGGCUGUUGUUUUUUUUAUUAUUAUUAUUUUAGCUUAUAGGAAGAAAACAAUUCUUUUUAAUUAUCUGAGUGUGAAAGUUAUAAUGGAAAACCAGUUGACAAAAUUUUCUUUUACUGUUUUGGGGAUAAGACUGAGUUUUUUAUUGAAGAAAUGGGGGGGGAGGGGAUAAAACUUUUAGUUUAAUUUCACAGACACUAGAAAGAUUUUUUUUUCAUACCACAAAUAAUAAUUACUCCUACUUAUUAGGUAUGAGAUUUUUUUUUUCUUUUGAUAUGACAAAACUAUGACAUCAAGUGGCUGUGUUUUAUUUAUAUAAAAUGUUUCCUUCUGUAAAGUUCUAUAUAAAGAAUGUCUCAGUAUAUCCAUUGAACCAGAUGGAAUCCCUCUUUUAAGCUCACCUGAGCUGACAGCUUCAAGUAAGCUUUCUGAUCAUAUUUUCUCCACUGUCCAUCAGUCCAUCCAUUUGUAAACGUUGAACAUUUUCGAUUUCUUCUAGAGAAUGACAGGACCAAUGCCAACCAAACCUGAAACAAUUUAAAAUCUUUCUCAGAAAUAGCAAUGCCAUGAUUAUUGAUAUUUAUAUAAGAGCAUUCCCAGAUAGUGAAAGAUUCCAGUUUGUUCAAAUCAUAGCCCUCAGGGGUAUGGUGGGUCACGAUAGGGGAUCAAAGUUUUACAUUUGACUAUAUUUGUUUUGAUUAAAAAUCAUAUUACAUUUGAGCUAGAGUGAGUCCACAAUAUGAGGUCAUAUUUUUUUCAUGGGAAUGAAUAAUGAAAAAAAAAACUUCCUAAGAACAACAAGGCCAAGGUGACUCGGGUGAGCAUUGUGACCCAUGGGCUUUUUUUUUUUUUUUAACAUUACUAGAUUUAUUUUUGUAACAUUACUUUAUAUAACUUUCUUUUUUAAUAAUGACAGAUUUUUUUUUUAUGAAAGUACCCAAAAGCUUGGGUAAUUUUUAGCAUCAAGAGUCUUUCAGUGUCCUCUACAUAGAGAUAAAUCAGUGAUUUUUAUUCCCCAAUAAGUUUGAUAUAUAAACAGCACAAGUACAUGUUAUGUUGUUGUCACAGCAACAUCAAGUAAAUGUGAACUUGUUUUUUUUAUUCCUUUGUCUUUUGUGAGACAAUAUAUAUGUAAAGUACAUCUGCAUUUAUUGUUGACAGAUAAUUAUUUAAGUUUUAUAAAUAAAUUCAUCAU